AUUAUUAUUAUUAUAUUAUUACUAUUAUUUUCUCCUUCCAGCCCUGUUCCGCCCAAGACGUAUUCCGGCGCCAGGGAAUCUCCAGGUAAUAUUUUGGUUUCAUCAUAUAUUAUAUUUGCAUAUAUAUUUCAUUUCAUUAUAAUUUGAUUUAUAAAUUUAAUUCAAAAUUAUUAUAUUUCAAAUUUGAUAUUUUUAUUUUUUUAUUUUUAAUAUUUUUUUAUUUUAAUUUUUAAUUAUUUAAUAUUCUAUAUUUUAAAUUUAAAUUGAAUAACAAUAGAAUAUUAAAUGAAAAGAAGAUAAGAAUACGAUAUUCAAAGAAUAGAAUAAUAGAACUGAAUGAAUCCAUUUCAUUAUAAUUUGAUUUAUAAAUUUAAUUUAAAAUUAUUAUAUUUAAAAUUCGAUAUUUUAAUUUUUUAUUUAUUUUAAUUAUUAAUUAUUUAAUAUUCUAUAUUUUAAAUUGAACUUGAAUAACAAUAGAAUAUUGAAUGAUAAUAAUGAAAAGAAGAUAAGAAUACCAUAUUCAAAGAAUAGAAUAAUAGAAUUGAAUGAAGCUAUUUCAUUAUAAUUUCAUUUAUAAAUUUAAUUUAAAAUUAUUAUAUUUAAAAUUUGAUAUUUUUAUUUUUUACUUAUUUUUAAUAACAAUAGAAUAUUAAAUUAUAAUAAUGAAAAGAAGAUAAGAAUACAAUAUUCAAAGAAUGGAAUAAUAGGGUUGAGUGAAUCUAUUUCAUUAUAAUUUCAUUUAUAAAUUUAAUUUAAAAUAAUUAUUAUAAAUAUUUAUUAUUAUUCUUAUUAUAAUACAUAAUAUUAUGAUAAUAAUAAUGAUAAUGAUAAUAAUAAUAAUAAUAAUAAUAAUAAUAUAUUUAUAAUAUUGUAAUAUAAUAAUAAUAAUAAUAAUAAUAAUAAUAUAUUUAUAAUAUUGUAAUAUUGUAUUUGUAAUAUUGUAAUAAUCGUAAUUUUCUCCUUCCAGCCCCGUUCCGCCCAAAAUUUAUUCCGCCGCCGGCGCCGAAAUUUUGUCGCCGGGCAAAAACGAGGAGGAAAUCUACGGAAGCCCGGAAGGGACCAAGCCGGAGAAAUCGUACGUGGGGGCAGGAAGUCCCGCCCCGGAAGUCCCGCCCACAAAAGGAUGGGGAGGAAGGGGAUUGGGCGGAGGGGGAGAGGAGUGGGAUGGAUGACCCCGGGGGACCUUGGUAGUGAUGUGGUUGUCCUUCCUUCCUUCCUUCCUUCCUUCCUUCCUUCCUUCCUUCCCUCCCUUCCUUCCUUCCUUCCCUCCCUCCUUCCUUCCUUCCUUCCUUCCUUCCUUCCUUCCUUCCCUCCUUCCUUCCUUCCCUCCCUCCUUCCUUCCUUCCUUCCUUCCUUCCUUCCUUCCUUCCUCCUUCCUUCCUUCCUUCCUUCCUUCCCUCCUUCCCUCCUUCCUUCCUCCCUCCUUCCUUCCUUCUUUCCUUCCUUCCUUCCUUCCCUCCUUCCUUCCUUCCUUCCUUCCUUCCUUCCUUCCCUCCUUCCUUCCUUCCUUCCUUCCCUCCAUUCCUUCCUUCCUUCCUUUCUUCCCUUCCUCCUUUCUUCCCUUCCUUCCUCCCAUCCUUUCUUCCAUCUCUCUCUCUCUCCCUCCCUCUCUCUCUCUCUCUCCUUCCUUCCUUCCUUCUGCCUUCCUUCCUUCCUUCCUUCCUUCCUUCCUUCUUUCCUUCCCUCCCUCCUUUCCUUCCUUCCUUUACCCACCUUUCCUCCCUCCUUUCCUUCUUCCCUUCCUUCCUUCCCUCUCUCCCUCCCUCCUCCUUCUUUCCUUUCUUUCCUCCUUCCUUAAUUCUUUCUUGCUUUCAUUAAUUAAUUUCCUCUUUCCUUCAUCCUUCCCUCCCACCCCUUCCCUCCCUCCCUUCCUUCCUUCCUUCCUUCCUUCCUUCCUUCCUUCCUUCCCUUCCUUCCUCCCAUCCUUUCUUCCAUCUCUCUCUCUCUCUCUCUUUCCUUCCUUCCUUCUGCCUUCCUUCUCUCCCUCCUUCCUUCUUUCCUUCCUUCCUUUACCCUCCUUUCCUCCCUCCUCCUUCUUUCCUUCCUUUCCUCCUUCCUUAAUUCUUUCUUGCUUUCAUUAAUUAAUUCCCUCUUUCCUUCAUCCUUCCCUCCCACCCCUUCCCUUCCUCCUUUCCUCCUUCCCUUCCUUCCUCCCAUCCUUUCUUCCAUCUCUCUCUCUCUCUCUCCCUCUCCCUCUCUCUCUCUCUCUCCUUCCUUCCUUCCUUCUGCCUUCCUUCCUUUCCUUCCUCUUUCCUUCCUUCCUUCUUUCUUCUCCCUCCUUUCUUUCCUCCCUUCCCUCCUUCCUUUCCUUCCUUCUUUCUUUCUUUCCUCCUUCCUUCCUUCCCUCCUUCGUCCAUCACUCCUUCUUUCCUUCCUUCUCCCUCUUUCCCCCUUCCUUUCUUCCUCCUUCCUCCCUUCUUUCUUCCCCCUUCCUUCCUUCCGUCCUUCCUUCCUUCUUCCCUUUCUUCCUUUCUUCCUUCCUUCCUUCCUUCCUUAAUUCCAUCCUUCCUUCCCUCCAUCUCUCCUUCCUUCCUUUCUUCUUUCCUUCCUUCCUUAAUUCCUUACUUUCCUCCUUCCUUCCUUCCUUCCUUCCUUCCUUCCUUCCUUCCUUCCUUCUUCCCUUCGUUCCUUCCUCCUUUCCUUCCUUCCCUCCUUCCCGUUCUCCCUCCGUCUCUCCUUCUUUCCUUCUCCCUCCUUUCCUUCCUUCCUUCCUCCUCCUUUCCCUCCCUCUUUCUUUCUUUCUUUCUUUCUUUCUUUCUUUCUUUCUUUCUUUCUUUCUUUGUCUUCCUUCCCGCUCUCCCUCCGUCUCUCCAUCUUCCCUUCCUUCCUUCCUUCCUUCCUUCUCUUUCAGUCCCUCUUUCUUUCUUUCUUUCUUUCUUUCUUUCUUUCUUUCUUUGUCUUCCUUCCCUCUCUUCCUUCUUUCUCUCCAUCUUCCCUUCCUUCCUUUUCCUUCCUUCCUUCCUUCCCUCCUUCCUUUAUUCUUUCUUGCUUUCCUUAAUUAAUUCCCUUCUUCUUUCCUUAUUUCCUUCCUUCUUUCCUUCUCCCUUCUCCCCUUCCUUCCUUCUUCCUCUUUCCCCCUUCUUUUCUCCCUCCCUCCCUCCCUCCUUCCUUCCUUCCUUCCGUCCCUCCUUCCUCCAUCUCUCCUUCUUCCCUUCCUUCGUCCCCCCACCUUUCUUACCCUCUGCUUUCUUCCUUCCCUCCUUCCCCCUUCUUUCAUCUUAUUUCCCUCCCUCCAUCCUUCCCUUCCUCCCUUCUUCCCUUCCCUGCAAUCUUCCUUCUUCCCUUCCUUCCUUCCUUCCUUCCUCCUUUCCUUCCUUCCCCCCUUCCCGUUCUCCCUCCGUCUCUCCUUCUUUCCUUCUCCCUCCUUUCUUUGCUUCCUUCCUUUCCUUACAUCCCUCCUUCCUCUCUCCCUCCGUCUCUCCAUCUUCCUUUCCUUCCUUCCUUCCUUCCCUCCCUCCUUCCUUCCUUCUCUUUCCCUCCCUCCCUCUUUCUUUCUUUCUUUCUUUCUUUCUUUCUUUCUUUCUUUCUUUCUUUGUAUUCCCUCCCUCUCUUCCUUCCUUCUCUCUCUCUGCCCUUCCUUCCUUCCUUUUCCUUCCUUCCUUUCCUUCAUUCUCCCUCUUUCCCCCUUCCUUUCUCCCUCCUUCCACCUUUCUUUCUUCCCCCCUUCCAUCCUUCCUUCCUUCCUUCCUUCUUCCCUUUCUUCCUUCCUUCCCUCCUUCCUCCAUCUCUCCUUCCUUCCUUUCUUCUUUCCUUCCUUCCUUAAUUCCUUCCUUCCUUCCUUCCCUCCCUCCUUCCUUCCUUCUCUUUCCCUCCCUCUUUCUUUCUUUCUUUCUUUCUUUCUUUCUUUCUUUCUUUCUUUCUUUCUUUGUCUUCCCUCCCUCUCUUCCUUCCUUCUCUCUCUCUUCCCUUCCUUCUCCCUCUUUCCCCCUUCCUUUCUCCCUCCUUCCUCCCUUCUUUCUUCCCCCCUUCCAUCCUUCCUUCCUUCCUUUUUCUCUUUCUUCCUUCCUUCCCUCCUUCCUCCAUCUCUCCUUCCUUCCUUUCUUCUUUCCUUCCUUCCUUAAUUCCUUCCUUCCUUCCUUCCUUCCUUCUUCGCUUCGUUCCUUCCUCCUUUCCUUCCUUCCCUCCUUGCCAUUCUCCCUCCGUCUCUCCUUCUUUCCUUCUCCCUCCUUUCCUUCCUUCCUUCCUUCUCUUUUCCUCCCUCUUUCUUUCUUUCUUUCUUUCUUUCUUUCUUUCUUUCGUUGUCUUCCUUCCCUCUCUUCCUUCCCUCUCUCCCUCUCUCUCCUCUCCUCCCUCCCUCCUUUCCUAUCUUCCUUCCUUCAUCCUUCCUUCUUCCUCUUUCCCCCUUCUUUUCUCCCUCCCUUCCUUCCUUUCCUUCCUUCUCCCUCUUUCCCCCUUCCUUUCUCCCUCCUUCCUCCCUUCUUUCUUCCCCCCUUCCUUCCUUCCUUCCUUCCGUCCUUCCUUCCUUCCUUCUUCCCUUCCUUCCUUCCCUCCUUCUUCCAUCUCUCCUUCCUUCCUUUCUUCUUUCCUUCUUUCCUUCCUUAAUUCCUUACUUUCCUCCUUCCUUCCUUCCUUCCUUCCUUCCUUCCUUCCUUCUUCCUUUCCUUCCUUCCCUCCUUCUCUUUCCCUCUUUCUUCUUUCUUUCUUUCUUUCUUUCUUUCUUUCUUUCUUUCUUUCUUUCUUUCUUUCUUUGUCUUCCUUCCCUCUCUUCCUUCCUUCUCUCUCUCUGCCCAUCCCUCCUUUUCCUUCCUUCCUUCCUUCCUUCCUUCCUUCCUUCCUUCCUUCCUUCCCUCCUUCCUUAAUUCUUUCUUGCUUUUCUUAAUUAAUUCCCUUCUUCUUUCCUUCCUUCUUUCCUUCUCCCUUCUCCCCUUCCUUCCUUCUUCCUCUUUCCCCCUUCUUUUCUCCUUCCUUCCUUCCUUCCUCCCCCCACCUUUCUUACCUUCUUUCUUCCUUCCCUCCUUCCCCCUUCUUUCAUCUUAUUUCCCUCCCUCCAUCCUUCCCUUCCUCCCUUCUUCCCUUCCCUCCUUCCUUCCUUCUUCCCUUCCUUGCUUCCUCCUUUCCUUCCUUCCCUCCUUCCCGUUCUCCCUCCGUCUCUCCUUCUUUCCUUCUCCCUCCUUUCCUUCCUUCUCCCUCUUUCCCCCUUCCUUUCUCCCUCCUUCCUCCCUUCUUUCUUCCCCCCUUAAUUCCUUCCUUCCUUCCUUCCUUCCUUCCUUCCUUCCUUCCUUCCUUCAUCUCUCCUUCCUUCCUUUCUUCUUUCCUUCCUUCCUUCUCUCCAUCUUCCCUUCCUUCCUUCCUUCCUUCCUUCCUUCCUUCCUUCUUCCUUUCCUUCCUUCCUUCCUUCCUUCCUUCCUUCCUUCCCUCCCUCCCUCCCUCCUUCCUUCCUUCCUUCCUUCCUUCCUUCCUUCCUUCCCUCCCUCCUUCCUUCCUUCCUUCCUUCCUUCCUUCCUUCCUUCCUUCCUUCCCUCCCUCCUUCCUUCCUUCCUUCCUUCCUUCCUUCCUUCCUUCCUUCCUUCUCUGUACCUCCCUCUUUCUUUCUUUCUUUCUUUCUUUCUUUCUUUCUUUCUUUCUUUGUCUUCCUUCCCUCUCUUCCUUCCUUCUCUCUCUCUUCCCUUCCUUCCUUUUCCUUCCUUCCUUCCUUCCUUCCUUCCUUCCUUCUUCCUUUCCUUCCUUCCUUCCUUCCUUCCUUCCUUCCUCCCUCCCUCCCUCCUCCUUCCUUCCUUCCUUCCUUCCUUCCUUCCUUCCUUCCCUCCCUCCUUCCUUCCUUCCUUCCUUCCUUCCUUCCUUCCUUCCUUCCCUCCCUCCUUCCUUCCUUCCUUCCUUCCUUCCUUCCUUCCUUCCUUCCUUCUCUGUACCUCCCUCUUUCUUUCUUUCUUUCUUUCUUUCUUUCUUUCUUUGUCUUCCUUCCCUCUCUUCCUUCCUUCUCUCUCUCUUCCCUUCCUUCCUUUUCCUUCCUUCCUUCCUUCCUUCCUUCCUUCCUUCCUUCCUUCCUUUCCUCCUUCCUUAAUUCUUUCUUGCUUUCCUUAAUUAAUUCCCUUCUUCUUUCCUUCCUUCUUUCCUUCUCCCUUCUCCCCUUCCUUCCUUCUUCCUCUUUCCCCCUUCUUUUCUCCCUCCCUCCUUCCCUCCUCCCUCCCUCCCUCCCUUCCUUCCUUCCUUUCCUUCCUUCUCCCUCUUUCCCCCUUCCUUUCCCCCUCCUUCCUCCCUUCUUCCCUUCCUUCCUUCCUUCCUUCCUUCCCUCCUUCCUCCAUCUCUUCCUCCUUCCUUUCUUCUUUCCUUCAUUCCUUAAUUCCUUACUUUCUUCCUUCCUUCCUUCCUUCCUUCCUUCCUUCCUUCCUUCUUCCUUUCCUUCCUUCCCUCCUUCCCUCUCUCCCUCCGUCUCUCCAUCUUCCUUUCAUUCCUUCCUUCCUUCCUUCCUUCCUUCCUUCCUUCUCUUUACCUCCCUCUUUCUUUCUUUCUUUCUUUCUUUCUUUCUUUCUUUGUCUUCCUUCCCUCUCUUCCUUCCUUCUCUCCAUCUUCCCUUCCUUCCUUCCUUCCUUCCUUCCUUCCUUCUUCCUUUCCUUCCUUCCCUCCUUCCCUCUCUCCCUCCGUCUCUCCAUCUUCCUUUCAUUCCUUCCUUCCUUCCUUCCUUCCUUCUCUUUACCUCCCUCUUUCUUUCUUUCUUUCUUUGUUUCUUUGUCUUCCUUCCCUCUCUUCCUUCCUUCUCUCCAUCUUCCCUUCCUUCCUUCCUUCCUUCCUUCCUUCCUUCCUUCCCUCCUUCCUCCAUCUCUUCCUCCUUCCUUUCUUCUUUCCUUCAUUCCUUCAUUCCUUCCUUCCUUCCUUCCUUCCUUCCUUCCUUCUUCCUUUCCUUCCUUCCCUCCUUCCCUCUCUCCCUCCGUCUCUCCAUCUUCCUUUCAUUCCUUCCUUCCUUCCUUCCUUCUCUUUACCUCCCUCUUUCUUUCUUUCUUUCUUUCUUUCUUUCUUUGUCUUCCUUCCCUCUCUUCCUUCCUUCUCUCCAUCUUCCCUUCCUUCCUUCCUUCCCUCCUUCCUUCCUUCCUUCCUUCCUUCCUUCCUUAGAGGCGAAGCUUCUCCGAUCGCCGAGACGCCGCUUUCCGGGUAAGUGAUUGACAGGGUCGUCUAGUCCCACCCCCUGAAUGAUUGACAGGGAAGGCGGAGCUAGGGUCCACUGAAUGAUUGACAGGGAAGGAAUGAUUGACAGGGAAGGCGGGGCCAGGGUCCUCUAGUCCCACCCUCUGAAUGAUUGACAGGGAAGGCGGAGCCAGGGUACACUGAAUGAUUGACAGGGAAGGAAUGAUUGACAGGGAAGGCGGGGCCAGGGUCCUCUAGUCCCACCCUCUGAAUGAUUGACAGGGAAGGCGGAGCCAGGGUCCACUGAAUGAUUGACAGGGAAGGAAUGAUUGACAGGGAAGGCGGAGCCAGGGUCCUCUAGUCCCACCCUCUGAAUGAUUGACAGGGAAGGCGGGUCAAAUCCAGGAUUGAUUGACAGGGAAGGAACGAUUGACAGGGAAGGCGGGUCCAGGGUCCACUGAAUGAUUGACAGGGAAGGAAUGAUUGACAGGGAAGGCGGGUCGAAUCUCGGAUUGAUUGACAGGGAAGGAACGAUUGACACGGAAAGCGGGUCCAGGGUACACUGAAUGAUUGACAGGGAAGGAAUGAUUGACAGGGAAGGCGGAGCCAGGGUCCUCUAGUCCCACCCUCUGAAUGAUUGACAGGGAAGGCGGGUCGAAUCCCGGAAUGAUUGACAGGGAAGGAACGAUUGACAGGGAAGGCGGGUCCAGGGUCCACUGAAUGAUUGACAGGGAAGGAAUGAUUGACAGUGAAGGCGGGGCCAGGGUCAUCUAGUUCCAGAAUGAUUGACAGGGAAGGAAAGAUGGACAGGCAGAGCCAGGGUCCGCUGGAUGAUUGACAGGCAAGGCGGAGCCAGGGUCCGCUGAAUGAUUGACAGGAAGGAAUGAUUUACAGGGAAGGAAUGAUUGACAGGCAAGGCGGAGCCAGGGUCCGCUGAAUGAUUGACAGGGAAGGAAUGAUUGACAGGGAAGGAAUGAUUGACAGGGAAGGAAUGAUUGACAGGGAAGGAAUGAUUGACAGGGAAGGCAGAGCCAGGGUCAUCUAGUCCCACCCCCUGAAUGAUUGACAGGGAAGGCGGAGCCAGGGUGAUCUAGUCCCACCCCCUGAAUGAUUGACAGGGAAGGCGGGUUGAAUCCCGGAAUGAUUGACAGGGAAGGAAUGAUUGACAGGGAAGGCGGGGCCAGGCUCAUCUGAUCCCUCCCCCUGAUGAAUGAUUGACAGGGAAGGCGGAGCCAGGGUCAUCUAGUCCCUCCCCCUGAAUGAUUGACAGGGAAGGCGGAGCCAGGGUCCACUGAAUGAUUGACAGGGAAGGCGGGUUGAAUCCCGGAAUGAUUGACAGGGAAGGAAUGAUUGACAGGGAAGGAAUGAUUGAGAGGGAAGGCGGAGCCAGGGUCUAGUCCCACCCCCUGAAUGAUUGACAGGGAAGGCGGGUUGAAUCCCGGAAUGAUUGACAGGGAAGGAAUGAUUGACAAGGAAGGAAUGAUUGAGAGGGAAGGCGGGGCCAGGGUUCGCUGAAUGAUUGACAGGGAAGGCGGGGCCAGGGUUCGCCGAAUGAUUGACGGGGAAGGCGGGGCCAGGGUCCUCUAGUCCCACCCACUGAAUGAUUGACAGCUUUCCCCUUGCGCCCAUUUGACAGGCGGGAAAAUCACAUUUACGAAGAAGUGGAAUGAGGAGACGGACGUAUUUUUUCGGCGCUCCGAAUAAAGCUUCACUUUGGGCAAUUCA